CCUCCCCCGAAAAUUCAUCUAUAAAGCCCCCUGUUAAACGCUUCAAUCUGAAGCAGAUACACUUGUCACAAUCAUCGCCUCCCGCACCGAUAUGUCGGACAACCUCGCAAGCAAUGACUUUGUUUUCUUAGAGCCUGAGCCUUCGGGCUAUACUUUUGAGCGGAUGAAUGAGUGUCGAUGGAGAAGACCAGGUGGCUCGCACUGCAGCUACCCAUUUUUGGACCACGAACUUUCUGCUCACCUCCGUGAAUACCAUGGAAUUCGUGGUGGAGACAAGUUGCGCGUCCGUUGCUCUUGGGAAGAUUGCACCCAGGAGCUUAAUAAAGAGAACCUCUUAAGGCAUAUGAAGGGAACGCACCUCAAGGUCGCAUAUUCUUGCGACACUUGCAACAAGACUUUCACGCGCGAAUACAAUCGUAAUAGUCACCAGGCAAUUUGCGCGGUUCAGCAGCAGUAGAUCGCUGUUUUGGUAGUCUCAUAAGUUGAACAGAUGCCGGAAGAAAUUCAAUGGCGUUCGAGGCCUUCAUGCUUGACUCGCUUGAGUA